CAGGACGACCACGCGUAACAUGCUGGCUGGCCUUGAUCUACCUGCAGAGCAUGCUGCUUGCUUUCCAUCUGAUUUAUAGUCUUCUGUGUCUCUCGUUUCUCCUCAGGAUCUCAAGCGGCUGGACCCCCUGAUCAGUCCUAUCAAAACCUUCCCAUUCUCCGCCAACAGUUCAAUCAUCAGGCUGCAGUGACGAUGGGCGGAGAGACGUCCUCCCGUGCCACCUCCAACUAUCCGCAGCUGGCCACGGGUCCUGUUGGCAAACUCAUUGAAAACAUCUAUACAGACAGGAUCAAACAACUGACCUCGGGAGGUCAAUAUGAGAAAGAGAACCUUCUAGCCAAGCUAUACCACAACACGAACGACGACGAAGACCAUGUCAAGAUUUCCGUCUACUCACCGCCGGACCUCACCCGGCCGACCUUCAAAGAUGCGACCUCCCAUGAAUUCAAACCCACACAUCGAGGCGAGGCCUUCGGUCCCUCGUGGUCAACACAUUGGUUCCGAAUCAAACUUACAGUCCCUGAGAACAUGCGAGAUGGUGAACACCUUGAGUUCCACUGGGAUGCAAACAAUGAAGGGAUGGUCUGGACACAUGACGGCAACCCUCUGCAAGGGUUGACAGGAGGUGGAGAACGUACAGAAUGGAUACUUCCCGAAAGUUGGCGAGAUGGGAAAGAGCACACCUUCUACAUUGAGAUGGCCUGCAAUGGCAUGUUUGGCAAUGCUCCCGGCGGUGACAGCAUCCAACCUCCUGAGCCCAACAAGUACUAUCAGCUCUCGGUCGCGAAGAUUUUAGAUAUCAAUCUCGCUGCACGCCAGCUUUAUGUGGACUACUGGAUCAUUGGAGACGCCGCUCGAGAAUUCCCAGGUGACAGCUGGGAGAGGCACGAAGCGCUUCAAGUGUGCAGACAGAUAAUGGAUGUAUUCAUAGCCGGAGAAGGCUCCACUGAGUCUAUCAAGACAGGUCGGGAGAUUGCACAGAAAUACAUUGGAAAGAAUGUCAACUCUGCCAAGGUCUACGAGUCGGAUGAGAAAAGCAUCGUCUAUGCCAUCGGACACUGCCACAUUGAUACGUGCUGGUUAUGGCCCUGGGCAGAGACGAAGCGCAAGGUCGCGCGAAGCUGGUCUAACCAGUGUGAUCUUAUGGAUCGAUACCCAGAACAUCGCUUUGCGGUGAGUCAAGCCCAGCAAUACAAAUGGCUGAAGGAAUAUUACCCGUACGUCUUUGACAGGGUCAAGACCAAGGUCAAAGAGGGCAAGUUUCAUCCGAUUGGUGGAAGUUGGGUUGAACAUGACACAAAUAUGCCCAGCGGCGAGUCCCUGGUUCGACAAUUCUUGUAUGGACAACGAUUCUUCGAAAGCAAUUUCGGGGAACGGUGCCAGACGUUCUGGCUUCCAGAUACGUUUGGAUACUCGAGUCAACUACCCCAGAUAUGUCGGCUGGCCAAUAUGUCCCACUUCUUCACCCAGAAGCUGAGCUGGAACAACAUCAACAACUUCCCACACACUACAUUCAACUGGGUCAGCUUGGACGGCAGUCAAGUCAUUUGCCACAUGGCGCCUAGCGAAACAUACACAGCUGAUGCUCACUUCGGAGACGUCAGGAGGAGUGUUACUCAGCAUAAGAGCAUGGAUCAGGACAACACGUCCCUCCUUGUAUUCGGCAAAGGUGAUGGCGGUGGCGGUCCUACUCGAGACAUGUUGGAGAAGCUCCGGAGAUGUCGAGGUCUGAGUGACACGACUGGCCUCCUUCCCCGUGUGCACAUGGGCAGGUCCGUCGACGAGUUCUUCGCAGACCUGGAAAAGAAGAUUGCAAACGGCACGAAGCUCGUUACUUGGUACGGAGAGCUCUACUUUGAGCUUCAUCGUGGAACCUACACGACACAGGCCAAUAACAAAUUGAACAACCGCAAGCAGGAAAUCAUGUUGCACGAUAUUGAGUACCUGGCGACGUUGGCCAGUCUCAAAAGCAAGAGCUACAAAUACCCUAAGAAGGAGAUCGACGAGAUUUGGGAAAAUGUCCUGCUUUGUCAAUUCCAUGAUUGUCUCCCGGGCAGCUCCAUCGAGAUGUGUUACGACGACUCUGACGAGCUUUACGCACAUAAUGCUAAACUUGGAGCCAAGCUCAAAGAGGAGGCUCUUACAGUACUGGGCUUGUCCCGAAAUGUCAAGGCCAAUGCCCAACUCGCGGCUGUCAAUACUGCACCGUGGAAGCGGUCGGAAUUGGUUCCUAUUCCGCAAGCUCAGGCGAAGUCCCAAGGACAGAAAUACACCUUUGUUUCUGGUGGUUCAGGUCUUGUCAAAACGCACGCCGCCUCGGCGAUACAAUCUACCGCUUCCGUUGAGGAAAUCAAGGAAGGAGUAUUUGUGAUGCAAAACAGCAAAUUCAAGGUGGAGAUCGAGGCUGGUGUCAUCACGUCUCUGAUCGAUCUGAAAGCCGAUCGCGAGGUCAUUGCAAAAGGCGGCAAAGCCAAUCAACUGGUUAUAUUUGACGACAAACCGCUAUACUGGCAAGCUUGGGAUGUGGAGGUAUUCCACCUGGAUUCCAGGAAGGAACUCAAGUCUGAGCAGAUGGAAAUCGUUGAGAAUGGUCCUUACAGGGUCAGUGUGGCAACCAAGACGCAGGUCAGCAAGGACAGCUGGGUGAAGACGACCAUCAGUCUCGAUGCAUCCGAUGGCCAAGAUGACCUUGGGUUCCUUGCUGUAGAAGCCGAGGUUGAAUGGCGUGAAAAUAUGAAGUUCCUGAAGGUCGAAUUCCCGGUGGAUGUGGUCAACACUGAAGCUACUUAUGAGACACAAUAUGGAAUCAUCAAACGUCCAACUCAUUACAACACCAGUUGGGACAUGGCCAAAUUUGAGGUCUGCUGUCAUAAAUUCGCCGAUUUGUCUGAGGCGGAUUAUGGCGUGUCUAUAUUGAACGAUUCGAAAUAUGGAUUCGCGACAUGUGGCAACCUUAUGCGUCUGUCACUGCUCCGUGCACCCAAGGCGCCAGAUGCCCAUGCCGAUAUGGGAAGACAUCAUAUCAAAUGGGCUAUCAUGCCACAUCAGGGUGCUAUGGGGCCCAACACUGUGCAAGCAGCCUACAACUUCAACCAUCCUAUGACUUUGGUGUCGUUGGUCGACGACAGACCGAAAGAGCUCUUCAGUGCAAUUCACCUUAGUGGAGGUAAGUCGCUUGUGCUAGACUGCAUCAAGCGCGGUGAGGACGAUGAGGACGUCUCUCGUGGCGAAUUGUCACAACGGUCCGGCCAGAGUGUGAUUUUGAGAAUUUACGAGAGUCUGGGAGGAAAGACUCGCGGCACAAUUGAAACGACCCUUCCAGUCAAGAAGGCGUUCAAGACGAACAUCUUAGAGGACGAUCUGGAGACAUUGACGAUCUCGGGGAAGAACAAGCUCAGCAUCAACAUCCAGUUGCGGCCAUUUGAGGUGGCCACUUUCCGGCUACAGUUAUAAGACGAGCAGGAUGGGUGGGAUCCUAUAUAGAUAUAUGUACUCCUGGACAGGGCCCGGUUUUGGACGGAAUAAAUAAAAUCCUCUCUGGUGGACCAUGUCUGCAGCCGUGCGAUCCCGCUUUCGUAAAUGCUCGC